UUUGGCAACAACAUCAAGAGCAUAUUCAAAAAUUUGCUUAUGAAAUGUUUUUAUAUCAGAAUAGGCAUAUACAAGAUAAUAAAGAUAUAGGCUUAGAAAAGCUACAUUCAGUGUGUUCACGAUUUGCUUAUGAAACAUAUAUAAAACAACAAAGAGAUUUUGUAAGAUCAGGAGAAUAUAGAGUUCUUAAACGUGAUGAUGGUAUAUAUGAAGUAGUGCAAAUUGAUGAUCAGAUAAUGAAAACAUAUGCAGUACAAAUUGAAACACUAAGUACUUGUAUAUGUUUACAUCCAUGGCGUACCAAAACUCUAUGCCAGCAUAUAAUUAUAGUAUAUCUUUUGUAUUUACGUACUUGUGUAUCACAAAGUAAGCAAAGUACUUUUGAAAUGACUAAUGCUGACAAUAUUAUAGACUAUAAAGAAAUUAAAAUAAUUGAAGUUAAGCAUAAAUGUGGCCAUCCUCCUAAUAAUAGGCGUAUUCCUGAUGCUAAUGAAAAUAAAUUUAAAAAAGCUAAGAUUGAUAAAAAGUUAGAUAAAGGUAAUACAUUUUUACAUCUGUUUGGUUUAGAACUUGAUUUACGCAUUUCUCAAAAUGCACAAGAUGUCAAGGCUGCGAUAAAAUCUCAAUUAACUAAAUGGCAACAUUUCUACAGCAAUAUUCUUGGAUAUAAUACAGAUCAGUUAAUGAAUAUUUUAUCAUAUAUUCAACCAGAAUGUUCACAAGAAUACUGGUUUUAUUCACUGGAAUGUGUACAAAUAGCUUCAGAUAUGUUUAAUAUGCUAGUAGCAAUAUAUAGCAUAGACUUAAUGACAAGUCUUCUUUUUUUGCCAUUUGAUCAGAAAUCUAGGCAUCGCAAAAAACUUAUAAUUCUGCAUUGGCAUGGACGUGACCAUAUUGUGUUUGUCAAACUCAAAGUAAAUAGAAAUAUACAAAAUCUAUCUUUAAAUCCUCAGUACAUUUCUAUUUGCCGUCGCUUAGGCUUUUCAGAAGAUUGGUUUUCUCUAUUUACAUAG